AUGGAGGAGGCAUCAGCCGGAUCAAAGACUCAGUUGACAGAGCCGUUGCUCCUGGCCGCCAUUCUAGCUGCUCGCUGUUUUGGUAGUGGCUCUUCCAGACGAACGCUCGCUUUGGCCUGCGACGAGGCGAUGGAAUCGACGCCGGGGCUCAAAAACAAUAGAUAUGGCUAUAGGAGCACGGCGGACAACAGCAACAACUACGACGAUUACAACUACAAGUGGGAGCUAGGGGAUGGGAAUGGGGAUGCGAAUGUGGAUGCUGAUGGCAUUGCAGAUAGCAACGAGGACGACAACAAUGACAACUAUAACUACAACAAAGCACCGGCCAAAUGGCAGCAGCAGCAGCAGCAAAAACUCUACGGAAAUCCCAUCCACAGCAUAUACGACAGGCAGCAACAUCUACAACGGCAGCAGCAACAUGAGCAGCAACAGCAACAGCAAUUGGAACAACAGCAACAGGGACAGUUUGAUGAUGAUCCAGAGAAUGCUCGCAAUGACUUCCGUCUGCAAUUGUCCAACUUAAAUGCGGCCGUUCAAGGUGUGGGCAGGUUUGCUGUUGCCCAGGAACAGUACCAAGACCAGGACAACAGCAACAUCAAUAGCAAUAGCAAAACCAACAGCAACAUCAACUGGCUGCAACCACCGGAGCAGGAGCAAUUGUUGCUGGCACGUCGCAGCCGCAGCAGCAACAUCAACCAAAGGGCAGCCAUGGAUGAAACAGGAGCGGGAGAACCAGGUCAGCCGGAGUACCCCGACAAUAAGUUCCCAACUGGCGUUCUCGAUGACGUGGACAUUGAGGGCGAGGAGGAUUAUGCGGGUCAGGUCGAGGAUGCGGACGAGCUGAGUGCCAAUCUGCCCUACGGGAUCCAGAAUGUGCGCAAGCGCCGCGUUCGCAGUGUGAUGCCUUCGGUUCCGUUUCUCGGUCCCAAUCCCAGUGCAGAUGGGGUAGUAACCUAUCAGUCGCUGUGCCCCACGAAUCGCGUGACCGUGAAGCUGGAGAGUGGCGACUACCGACCCAACCACUACGUGGAGGUGACCUGUGCCCACAGCUACUCGCCGCAGCCCUCGAGGACCCACAACUACGAGUACGGUUACAGGGGCAAUGAACUGCUCCGAGCUCUGCUCUCCGAACGCGGCGAGAAGCGGGAGAUUUGCUCAGCGACGGGCUUCUCGUGCAUCCAGCUCAACCGCACCAUCCACCUGAUUCGGCUAAACGACGCCUCCGGCUGCUGGGAAUCGGAGACGCGGACCGUUCCCUCCGGCUGCGAGUGCAUGUGGCCGAAGCACAGCUACGGCGACAUAGCCUUCUACCACCAGGCGCAGAAGAGACGGGGAGGCGUGUCCGGUCUGCGACCCCAUGCCCCCAUCAAUGUGGACUACAAGCCGGGAGUGGGCUACCGCCAACUGACGCUGAGGACGAGGAAUCCUAAGGCAGCACCACGCAGUCGACGCGAGGAUUUGGGCUACGAGAGCUACGAGUUCAACUAGUUAUGUUCAACUAGUUUUUUCGUGGUUUAGCAACUAAGUUUGAUCCGCAUAAAUUAUUUUUCGCUUUAGCCUAGCAUUUAGUCAAGAGAGAGUGCCCUCAGUAAUGAAGUAUAAAAUAAACAAACUACAAUGGAGCAACAAAA